AUGACUGCUCCCGUGUCAACUGAGUCGAAUGCCCUUUCUAACUCGAGGAAGAAGUGGGCUUCGAGUUUGUUCUGCAUUCUUUGGAAUUCUAUGAAUGACAGUGUGAAGAACGGAAACGUUUGGAACGAAGAGGACAAAGUUGUUGAGUCAAUCCUAGUAGGGUCAAAACGACAUGAAGCACGGUCCACUUGCGUAAGCGCCUGCGCUCGAAGCGACGCACUAAGCAAGCGGUUAGCAGCGAAGUGA